UUCCCCCUUCGACGGCUUCUCGCGGGGGAAGUGCUCAAGAGAGAAGACUUUGAGCUCAGGAAAGAAGCGGCUGCAGCCAGUAAGCUAGCACGUCGAGACCAGCUGAGAGUGUUGUGCAAUGCUGGGAAGGACCUGCAAGGAUCAGUGUUCCUGGAGGGGCUGGCUCAGAGGGAAGAGACUAACAGAAACGGGAAAAUUUCACUAUGACAACGCCAGCUUUCUGAACUGUAUAAAGAUGGCGGCUACUGGUGAGGAAGCUAGUAACACUGCUGCAGACACUAUAGUCACCGAGUAUGCCACGUAUGAGGAUUACCUGGACUCUCAAAUAACACCAACUGAUCUAUUCUACCUGGAGGACGAGGAACUAGCACGUCAGCUAGUAGAGCUAGAAUAUCGUGGAUCAGGGGAAGUGCUCAAGAGAGAAGACUUUGAGCUCAGGAAAGAAGCGGCUGCAGCCAGUAAGCUAGCACGUCGAGACCAGCUGAGAGUGUUGUGCAGUGCUGGGAAGGACCUGCAAGGAUCAGUGUUCCUGGAGGGGCUGGCUCAGAGGGAAGAGACUAACAGAAACGGGAAAAUUUCAUCAAUUAUAUUUAUUCGGGACAGGAAUGCCAAGGGUCAGGAGAUAUCAGGAUACAUUGAUUACGCACAUCGACUCAAGGUGGAUGAUUUUGACCCCAUAUUCUCGUCACGGAAGAAGCUGCUCCCUAGACACAGUGACUUGAGCUUCUAUAACUGGGACACUAAUUUCUCCUCGUCCAACUCCACUCCUAAUUAUCAGUUCAACCACAUAAGACGAUAG